GCUUGCACUUAAGCCGUACGUGGCAAACAGACGGCCGCAGCAUUUUGAGGUUCUUCUCUCCUGCAAUAUUUCACUCAUACAAACUCUAGCACAGGAAGGAAUAACCCAACGAGGAAACUUUUUUUUUUACUAAAUCAAGAUAUUUUUGUAAAGUCUACAAACAAUGUUUACCACGUCGGAGCUGGUUGUCCUGCUAGCCGUCCUGUCCGCCACGGCGUCCGGCUACUUCGUUAGCAUCGACGCCCAAGCCGACGAGUGCUUCUACGAGCGGGUCAACUCCGGCACUAAGAUGGGCCUCAUGUUUGAGGUGGCCGAAGGAGGCUUUUUGGAUAUUGACGUGGAGAUAACCGGACCCGAUGGUAAGCAGAUCUACAAGGGUGACCGUGAGUCCAGCGGCAAAUACUCGGUGGCGGCGCACAUGGACGGAACCUACAAGUUCUGCUUCAGCAACAAAAUGUCCACAAUGACACCCAAGAUCGUCAUGUUCACCAUCGACAUCGGCGAGGCACCCAAAGGCCAGGACAUGGAGACCGAAGCUCACCAAAACAAGCUGGAGGAGAUGAUCAACGAGCUGGCCGUCGCCAUGACGGCCGUGAAGCACGAGCAGGAGUACAUGGAGGUGCGCGAGAGGAUACACAGAGCGAUCAACGACAACACAAACAGCCGAGUGGUGCUGUGGUCCUUCUUCGAAGCCCUCGUUCUGGUGGCCAUGACGCUCGGACAGAUUUACUACCUGAAGAGAUUUUUUGAAGUGCGGCGGGUGGUGUAGAGCUGCGGCGGCGUGAGCCCUCCACGUUCCUCUUCUUGGCGUCCGACCCCAAGACAGUUAUUUACACUCUGCAAUCGAGACUGGCAGUUUUCACUACUUCUCAUUUGUUUGUACAUUUGGAAACAAACGGCCACAAGAUUAUGGAGUGGAUGUCUUUUUUGGGGGGGGGGUUUAACUGAUUGUUUUCUCCUUAAAUGGGUUUAAUCAUUUUUUUCCGUAAUGCCUAAUCAAUUGUGAAAUAUUUGCUAGUACUGUUAAAUAAAAGCAGUCAGGUGGAAGUUGAUGGAGGUGACAUGUUAAAUAGGCUGUCAGUUUGGGGAGGGGACGGGGUUGUGCUGGACAGUAAAACUACUAUUUUACUCUCCCUCACAUCCUUCAAAGGCCUCUUGUAAGCGGUCCAUACUUCAAUGAGUGAGUCAUAAGACUCAAGUUAGCAAAAGGAAUCGAAUCUGUACAUUACCGACCGAAUCUGGAAGUAAUCCAACAGGAAGUGACUUCAUCAGUGAUGGCAUACAGUCAAAUAAAACACCUUUUAACUACAAAUGAAACCACUGCCACGCAGUCAGGUGGAAGUUGAUGGAGGAGAUAUGUUAAAUAGGAUUUGUGUCAGUUUGUGGAGGGGCGGGGUCAUGUGCUGGACAGUAGUGGUGCUUUGCUCUCCAACAGCACUUGUGUGUAGCAGCUGCUUUAAAUGGUAAAUAAAAGGUCAAGUGAUUUUAAAAGUUGAAAACAUGAAGUGUAAUCAAGAUGCUACAUGUUGGUCGGGGGUGGGAGUGGGGUCUGACUUAAUGACUGCUGUGUGCUUUUUGCUGCUGCUCACUUAUUUUGUUGAGGGAUUUUAAAUUAUGCGAUUGUUUGAACUUUUUUUUCACCCUGUUUUGGAACCCUUACAGUGAGGCGCAACUUUUUCCCUUAACCGAGCAUCCAUUUUUCUUUCUGCUCUUAGCUAAACGUCCAAGGCUGUCUAUUCACUCGCGUCUUACUGGAAGUGUUCCACUUUUGUAUUGAAAGAAAAAACAAAAACAACCUUUGCUGUUGCUCAAGCAGGAAAACGAUUCUGCACUCAAGUCUCUCCUUUUCUGAUUCCAACACACUGAAGAAUCCAUCUGUACAAAUGUAGAAUGGUUGAAAAGAAGCUCCAGGUUUCAUAAUAAAGAAAUUCUAUACAAUGAC